AUCACAUUCACAUCACUAUCACUGAAGCGGUAAAACACGAGUAAUGGAUUUAUUACUAUUAGUAGCCUAUUAUCCAAAUCUAAUGUAUACAGACAGACAUAGUUGAUAAAAAAACACGAUUUGAAGUGAGUUAAGAGUUAUGGACAUUCUAUAUUAUGUUCCUGCAUUUUAGUAGUUCAAAUUAACAAUGCACAGGCAUUGUAUUUUAUCAUGAUUUGUAUUAUUAAAAAUUGAAACAAUACUUGAAUUUGUACGUGUCAUUUAAAUUUAAGGUUAAAUUUGGGCUUAGCAUAAUUUUAAUUAUACCGUUAAUAUUUUACUUGUAUGCAGUUUUACAAUUGAUUGCAGCCUCAAAACAUGACGCACUGGCAAUACAAUUUGUACAAUGCAAUGCAAGAUCCGAAUCUAAUUGUGUUCCGAGAUAAUUUGAUAGUGAUAAUUCGAGAUAAAUUCCCCAAAUCUGAAUUUCAUUUUCUUGUUUUGCCACAAGGUAGGAUUGAUAAUUUAAAAUCUCUAACUUCUUCUCAUAUUCCACUUAUUCAUCACAUUGAGUUAGUAACGGAGCAAUUUAUCCGAGGUUUUCAUGGAAGAACUUUCUGGUGGGGAUUCCAUGCAAAGCCAACUAUGAUGCAACUACACAUGCACAUCGUCAGUGAUGACUUCAGAGGCACUGGACUAAAAACUGCCAAGCAUUGGAACUCCUUCACUACUGCAUUCUUUGUGCCUCUAUCAAAAGUGAUGGGAGACUUGAAAAAUCAUGGGACUGUGAUUCUGCCACCUGACAGUCUUUGUGCACAGAUCCUGAAGGCCCCCCUGAGGUGUCACAAGUGUGGUCAUCGUCCUGUUAACAUGCCGAGUCUGAAGAUUCAUUUGCUCAGCCAUAUUCCUGUCUAGUCAAUGCCAAGGACUUUCAUUAUAUUAUUAUUAUGCUCAUUUUAUUGAAUAGUUUUACGUUAUAUGUACAAUUUAAACGUUAUUUUAGUAUAUUUAAUGUAAGUGGUAUUUUAAAUGUCAUUAUUUUUUGUUCAGUCUGACAGAAAUCUGUGUCAGUUAUAUUGUUUCAAAAACAUGAAUUAACUGCCAAGAGAUUCUGUUUCCUUCAUAUUAGAGUUUUACUAACUGAUCUUAUGCUAAUGUAUUAAUUCAAUAACCAGUUUUACCAGUCUUGGUGUACAAAAGUUAAGAAGACUUUAGUUAGGACAUUUUCAUAUAAUACAGAACACAUUCUUUUUAUCUAGUAAGAUAUAUCAUUAUCAGUGCUUUACAUUUGUGAGAGGGUAUUUUUUACAGUUCUUUAACGAAUAUCGCCUUGUUGAUAAGAUAUCAAGCAGUUGUGAUAUAUUAAUGAGAAAUGUGAAUUAUCAAAACUGUUUGACAAGUUGCAAUUGAUUGUAUUUUUUGUAGAAGUACCUUCCUCUGUCCGUAUUUCACUUUAAAUUUGACUCCCUUAAAGUUUACAUUGUUUGUUUUUAUUUCUUCACAAUCAAAUUGAGUGUGUGUACUACUACCACGUUUCUUGUGUAUUUCUUACUUCAUACUCGAACUAAUCAGUAAAAUGAACAAACAGGUUUUGUUUUAUUGGAAGGAGAGAGGAAGAGUACACCAACUAUAUGGGAUUGUAUUAAUUCACUAAAAUACACUAGAACAGAAAAAAGAUAUUUUUGUCUCACUGAUAUGUGAAAAAUAAAUAAAUCUUUGUUCAAUAGACCAAUAGUUAUGAACUCCUCUCAAUACACUAUCCAACUCGGUCCUACAAACUAAACCAUACAAGGUUCACCUGCACAGUGCCCCAACACAGUAGAUACAGUUUGUGUGAAUUUAUGCUUAACAAAUUCAAAUUAUUUAUUGCCAGAACAUCUUUACAAUAUAUAGCAGUGUCAGAAACAAAUUCAGCAUGAACUAUCAUCUAUGAUAUACAUUGCCUAGGCCUAGUAACAAGUGUCUAUCCAAUUACAGCAUAAUAAUCACUGAUGUCAUAUGGGCUGAUAUUAAUCAAUAGCUUUUUUACGCUUUUCUUGAAACAAUUAAUUUCAAGAGAUUUAAGAUGAGAAGGAAGAGAGUUGUAGAGUUUAAUGCCUGUUUCAGCAAAAUAAUUUAAAGUGGUUUUAAGACUACAUUGAGAUAUUCUAAGAGAUAUCUAUAAUUUUAUAUACAAUAGGCAAUCUAAAAUAUAAAGUGCAGGUACUCUAAGAAUACCAUACUUUUUAAAUAAAGGAUUACAGUUAGUCCUUAUGUUUACAUUAGUUAUAAUCUUAAUAGCACGUUUUUGUAAAAUUAAUAACUUUUUGUGUUACAAUCAUUGCCCCAUACAAUAAUUCCAUAAGACAAGAAACUAUGAAGGUAGGCAUAGUAGACAGUAAUGAGGAUGUUUGUAGUUACAAUAAAUCUUUGCCUAAUUAAUAUAAAAAUACCCUUAGACACUUUAUUGCAUAACAUUUCAAUGUGCCUAUCCCAUUUGAUGUUACUUUGAAAAAUAACUCUUAAGAAUUUAACAUAGUCAACGUUCUGUUGUCUUGACGGUUUUAAACAAAAUUCUAGAAUCUGGGUUUUAUCUGUAUUAAGACAGAGUGAAUUGGCAGCUGACCAGUCCUCGAUAGUGUCACUAAUAUUAGAAAGAACAUCUUUAGCAAAUAAAAUAUUACAUUUAACUUGUACAGCCAGGUCAUCAGCAAACAUAUAAGAGCUCGCAUGAUUAGCAGUAAUACAACCAGGUAAAUCAUUUAUGUAAGUAAUAAAAAAUACUGGGCCCAGGAUUGAGCCCUGUCUUGCAUUUAAGUAUUGUGAAAAACCAGAACCAACAUGAUAAACCAGAGGUUCAGCCAAUUAUGUGCAUUGGUUAGAGUCACCCACACUAUCAAACCCCAAUCUGAUGAAAUGACAUACCAGAUCAGAAGCUUAAAAGACUUUAUGGAUAGUAAAGGUGAAAAAUAAAUAAUGUCUUACUUCACCUGGGGAAUUAGGGCUAAGAAGCCCUUUCUGACACUUAACUUAAUGGUCCCAUAAGACUUACAAGAAAUCUCUGUCCUUAUUUCAGUCUGCUUCAGCAGAUCAGAUGUGUAAAUCAAAAUUUAUUUAGGGUUUUCUGUGUUUAUUUCUCAUCUGGAUGACAGGCAGAAACAUACUAAUUGGUAAUAGGAUGAUAAUUUUUUCAAAAUGUUCUCACUGAUAACCUAUUCUGAACCUCCUGCUUUCCUGGAAGUACUCUUUAUUCCCCAAAGUUCCAGUAAUCUUGAUCUCCUUACCCAAUUGUAGUUAUACAGUAUUAGCCAAAAUAAAUAGUACUGAAAUGGUAAUAUUUUAUUAUGGUAAACAUAGUAACAUUACAUAUAGAUUUUGCCAAUAAAUACAAGUGAUAGAAAGCAAAAUCGGUUAACCUAUAUGCGCCAUCUUGUUGGAAUCACUGUGAAUUCAACGGCAGGUUUCGUGCACAACAAAAUCUCCUGAGGUCUCUCACAAAACGAUCAAGAAUGGCCCUAUAUCGAUACUGAUUUACAGUAAGAGUCUCUCCAUUAUUGCCUUCAAAAAAGUAUGGUCCCACUAUACCCCUUCCAGACACAGCGCACCAAAUGGCUUCAAUGGCACCAAAUGACAUUAUUGCCCUCUCUACAACAAUGCCAGGGCGUUCAAAUCCAAGGAAACAGGUUGUCUGUGCUUGUUUAUGAAACCAUUAAGGUGCACAUGACAUUCAUUACUCAGAAACUCAGGUUCUUCAUAGCAUAUUGCUAACAUUGAAGCACAGUACUGAACUUUGGCUAGUUUGUUUCUACAGUUCAAAGGUUGUCAAGUUUGUAUCCUGUAGGGAAAACCACCAAUGUUUUUGAACAUUCUUCGCAUUAGGCUUCUUUCCGGUGACUGUAACACUUGCCGCAGCAUUCUUCCGUGGUUUUCAUUUGUACAGACAGUAGUUGGGCAACCUGAAAAGCCCUUUUGCUGUGUCAAAACACUACCUGUUCUUCAAAAUCUUUCAACAACACCAAGAAUCCCAGCAUUACUAGGCGGGUUUUUGUGGAAAUAUUACUGAAAACGUAAUGCAGUGUAUGACAAGCUUGGCCCACCCACAGGUCCAAUUCCAUAUGAGUGAAAAUAAUGCUCUACGAUAAAAACUUUCUCUACCAUUAUUAGCACCAUGUUAGCAAAAACUAACCUAAGUUUCUACAUAUUCUAAAUUGUGUUUAAGGAAAAUAUAAUCUAAAGAUUUAUUUCUUUUUUUAUUGUGUUUUACUUUUAAAAAGUACAUUGACCACUAGAUACUUAUAUAUUUUGUUACAUCAUAAUGUGAUACAAAACAAAAGAAUUUAACAAUUUAGCUUGAAAUGUUACACACUGGUUUAGGUCUCCCAUCAAAGUGUUCUGUGUAAAACAACUAAAUUACCGGUACAGAAAGCAAAUUUCAGUAUGUUAAAUUUUUAAGUUAAACUACAAUUGCUGUUUGUAAGUUUAGUUCUUUUGAUUUAUGAAGUAAUUCUUGAUGAUUUGGUUUCAUCUAAAGUAAACUAUGAGGAGUGAUAUGUGUCUGUUUUCUUUAAAAUAUUUCUAAAUAAUGUUUUAAUACAAGAGUCUAAAAUUGUGUUUAACCAUUAGAGCAGUCAACAGCAUUUAGUGAAACAGACCAGUAGAAUUCUCAGCAUUGUGAUAUUAAUGCCUUAAAGUAUUUUGAGUACUUAUACAAGAAAAUCUUAAGUAUUUUGUACUAAUAUUAUUGUUGUAAUACAUGUAUCUUUAUCACGUUACUCUAUUGUAUAAGUUAGUACCAAGUUUGUUAGUAGGGGAACCAUAGGUUUAAGCUACUGUUUGUAAUAUACAUUACUAAUAAUAAAGAUAUAUUCAUUGUGUGUUAAA